CGUGGGCGGUGGGCGGCGGAGCGUGGGCGGGGUCUGAGUGAAUCUGGUUGGCAUUGUUAAAACUAAGUGGUAGUGGACGUGAUGGUGGCGGCAGGGCAGCGCUAGUCCGCCUCAGCGUUCACGAGGGAAAGGCGUCAGGCGAGGCGGAUGGCGAUGCGCGGGCGGUGGCGGGCGGCGGCGGUGCUGCUACUGUGGCUGCUGGGGAUCGUGGGAGGGGUGCCUGUGGGAAAGCGGCGCCCCUACCACGCCCACAACCCCCAACUGGCCAGGCUGGAGGGCGGCGCGCGGGAGGACAGGGCGAGGAGGGAGAUUGAGACGGAGGAGCGGCCAAAACCAAGACCCGGAUCGCCGCUGCACGCUCUCGAGUUCAUGCAGAAGUUCGGCUACGUGGAGAAAAAGAGCGAGAACGUAGAGGAAGAUGCGGACUUCGUGUUCACGCCGCAGUCGCUGGAGGAGGCGCUGCUGAGGGUGCAGGAGUUCGGCGGCAUCCCUCAAACGGGCAAACUGGAUGAGGCGACGGUGAAGCUGAUGGAGACGCCCCGCUGCGGCUUGCCCGACCUGAAACCCGAGGAGCUGGAGAGAGGGGACGGCAAGCACAACAGGGUGAAGAGGUACAUCAUAGGGGCGGACGGAUGGAACAAGAGGAGGAUAACGUACUUCGUGGCCAACUGGAGUCCUCAGCUGCCGAGCAAGGAGAGAGUGCAGAAGGAACUCCGGCGCGCCUUCGACACCUGGAGCGUGUACUCCCACCUGAGCUUCUCCGAGGUGCUCACGCCGGACGCAGACAUCAUCAUUUACUUCGCCACGCAAGACCACGGGGACGGGUACCCGUUUGACUACGAGGGCGGUAUCCUCGCUCACGCCUUCUACCCCUACGAAUUCGGGAGUUACGGAGGCGACAUCCACUUCGACGAGAGCGAGAACUGGAUCAUUGCGAAGAACAAGGACGAUGAAGGGCUGGACUUCUUCACGGUGGCGGUACACGAGCUGGGCCACUCCCUCGGACUCUCGCACUCCCCGGUCGGCGGCUCCAUCAUGUACCCUUACUACAUGGGCUUCAACCCGUCCUUCGCGCUCGACUACGAUGACGUGAUGGCCAUGUGGGAGCUUUAUAUCAAGAGGAAGCUGGACGGAGACGACGAGUACUUCAACACCACCACGACCACCACCACCACCGCCAGGCCGGCCACCGACCACCAAGCCGACGCAGCGGACACGGAGAACGAGGUAUGGGGAGAGGAAGAAGAAGAAGAAAAGAAGGAAGAGAAGGAGGAAGACAUAUACGAGAAAGACAGGAGGGAGAGGGAGGAGAUAGAGAAGAAGAGAGCCGAGGAGAGAAGACAGAGAGAAGAGGAAAGGAGAAGAAGAGCAGAGGAGGAGGAGAUCAGAAGACGGGAGGAGGAGAGGAGGCGAUGGGAGGAUGAGGAGAGGAGGAGGUGGGAAGAGGAGGAGGAGGACAGGUGGAGGGCGGGAAGCAAUGCCACCCCCGACCCCCGCUCCGCCCCCUCCGAUACCCCCUCCUCCUCCAUGCCCGACGUGUGUGAGGGGCAGUACGAUGCCAUGGCAGUGCUGCGGCAGGAGCUCUUCAUCUUCAAGGGUCAGCACUUGUGGCGGUAUAGCAGUCGGGGUCAGCUGGUGAGCGGCUACCCAUCACCCAUCACCACUCUGUUCCCCUCGCUGCCCGCCACGCUGGAGAGGGUGAGCGCCGUGUAUGAGAGACCAAUGGACGGCAACAUCGUUUUCUUCAUAGGCGACCACUACUACGUGCAUGACGGGAACCAGCUGAUCGAAGGGUCUCCGCGCCCCCUCACCGACCUUGGUCUAGACCCGGACAUCACCGAGGUCACGGCCGCCUUCUACUGGCCCAGGGCGCUCAAGACUUACUUCUUCACGCGCCGAGGGUACUUCCGCUACAACGAGGAGACGAGGCAGAUGGACCCGAAAUACCCCAAGCCGAUGUCCAAGUGGAACGGCAUACCCGAGGAUAUUGACUCUGUGUUUACGUGGAACGACGGCCAGUCGUACUUCCUGAAGGGUCGUGAGUACUGGCGCUACGACAACACAAACAUAAAACCAGCUGAUGGCUACCCCCGCAACGCGCCCCAAAUGUGGGCAGCAUGUCCCCCCGACACCCACGACCGAUCCUAGAGUGGAUGCUGACGGGGGUGAAGGAGUGAUGGUGGUAAUGGUGGUGGUGGUUGAUGGUGGUGGUGAUGAUUGUGGUCGGGGUGGUGAUGGUGGUGGUGGUGGUGGUGGUUUAGGUUAUUGGUGUUGAUGUUAUUUUUUUCUGUUUUUACUUUUCUUAUUAUUUUUAUUACUUAUUAUUGGUUAUUUUUUAUAUAUGUUCAGGGGUAAAUUUCAAGGCUUUUUAUAAGUGGGAUGUUAAUUAAAGUGUUUAGGGGUUUUGUUGAUGUUUAUUAUUAUCAUUACUAUCAUCAUCCUCAUUAUUAUUAUUAUUAUUAUUAUUGUUAUUAUUAUUAUUAUUAUUAUUAUUAUCAUUGUGCACUCGUCUGAAUCCUCAUGUUUCUUUUUCCCAGUUUCAUUCAUUUAUCAGAUUAAUUAUUUUUGCUUUUUGUUGUUUUCUUUCUUGUAACUGAAAAAAUCACUACCUUUUUUUAUUUCGUAUUUUGAUGGAACUCAACUUAGAUUCUAUUAUACAAACGGUCCAAGUCACGUCAUCUCUCUCUCUCUCUCUCUCUCUCUCUCUCUCUCUCUCUCUCUCUCUCUCUCUCUCUCUCUCUCUCUCUCUCUCUCUCUCUCUCUCUCUCUCUCUCUCUCUCCUGUGACUUCCGCCGUCAAUCUGUGGCAUCUGUACAUAAGUGUGUGUAAGAUUAUUAUUAUUAUUAUUAUUAUUAUUAUUAUUAUUAUUAUUAUUAUUAUUAUUAUUAUUAUUAUUAUUAUUAUCCAUAUUAGUUUUUUUGUGAUUUUAUUAUUUCUCGUAACUGUUUUAUGUGGUAGAGAAUUUUGUACUGAAUAAAAGGAAAAAAAAAGUG